GUGCAACUUUUAUUGUUCUCAGAAACUUUCCCAUUUCCUACAUCCUGGAAAUAGUGGGCCUGCUUGUUGUGAGCCGUUGCUGUCGUCAGCUGGAAAAACACACCGGCUGAGACGUUGUCCGGGAUUCUACUGAGCAAUACAAACAAGCGACUUAACUAGAGACCGGUUUGAAGAUAAACUACAACCAAGGACAUGGACUGGAAGACCUUCCAGGCCCUCCUCAGCGGGGUGAACAAAUACUCCACGGCGUUCGGCCGGGUAUGGCUGUCCGUGGUGUUCGUGUUCAGGGUGAUGGUGUACGUGGUGGCGGCGGAGCGGGUGUGGGGCGACGAGCAGAAGGACUUUGACUGCAACACCAAGCAGCCCGGCUGCGCCAACGUCUGCUACGACCACUUCUUUCCCAUCUCCCACAUCCGCCUGUGGGCCCUGCAGCUCAUCUUCGUCACCUGCCCGUCCUUCAUGGUGGUCAUGCACGUGGCGUACCGCGACGACCGCGAGCGCAAGUACAAGGCGAAGCACGGAAACACCACCCAGCUGUACCAGAACACGGGCAAGAAGCACGGCGGCUUGUGGUGGACCUAUCUGAUCAGCCUCUUCGUGAAGACGGGCAUCGAGGUCUCCUUCCUCUACAUCCUCCACCACAUCUACGACAGUUUCUACCUGCCGAGGUUGGUCAAGUGCGGUGUGUCGCCCUGCCCCAACCUGGUGGACUGCUACAUCGGCCACCCCACCGAGAAGAAGGUCUUCACCUACUUCAUGGUCGGAGCUUCGGGCCUCUGCAUCGUCCUGAACAUCUGCGAGGUCAUUUAUCUCAUCUCCAAACGCGUUGUUCGGAUAGCGAGGAAGGCCAGGACUCACCGCCGCACCCCACCCCUGCCUCUGGACGUGCCUCUGGACGUGUACAAGGACCACUUUGACAACGCCGACAAGAUCAUGUCGAGGAGGUACCUGAAAGAUCAGCCUCCGUCCUUUAAGACGGCAACCAAAUCUCCGCCCAGGAUAUCUGGGCUCAAAAUGGAAGACAGGUUUCGGGCCUCUGCUCCUAAUCUGUCCAUUUCUUAGAGAAAGAAAGUCAGGCUGCGGCACUCAGCUGGGCUCGUGGCUAGAACCCAAUCGCGGACCUCGGACUCAGAACUACGAGCCAAAAGUGAACCGUGUGUCAGACCCUGGAAGUCGAGUCAUCAGCACUGGAUUCAUCAUGUGGGCCCCUGCGUCCACAUCUAAGGCUCUUUCUAAACUCAUGAACUUUGGUUUCCAAGUCAACCGCCACAAUAUUUACAAGUCAGCCAGAGCCCAAAUGAUUUGUAAAUGAUAUGAGUUUUAUUUUUUUUUGAAUACAUUACAGGUCAGCGUGUCUUUUCAACGCACCACUUCACCCAUAUUAGAACAUACCUGUGUGGUUUCUGUGUGGUUGUGGGUAAAGUUUUGACGCGGACGGGGGAGGAAAUGAUGACCGUCAGCGUGGGACAAGGAGGCAGGACACACCUGGCGGAGGUAUUCAGCCUCCCUGCCCGCGUCUACAGUGGUGUGUCAUGGUGCUCUAUUGUCCCUCAGUGUCUUGUGCACAAUUCAGUGAUCUCCCUUUGUUUAGCUGAACGUUCAAUCAUAUUUUUAUCUUCAGCAUCUGCCUGACCAGAUACUUUUAAAUCACAGAAGAAUGGUAAGAAAAGAUUCCUCCUGGGAACAUUUCCAAGAUGCGUAGUCAUGGCUGAGUAAUACUUGAAGGUGUGUGAGCUGGCCACUUUCUGCAUUAUUUUCUUUUGUUUUCAUUCAUAGAUUUCUACGGUGGUCGUAUGCCUGGUUUAUGCUGUACAUACAUCCCGUGUGUUGACUUUCUUGUACACAAACUUCAGGACCAAUGUUGAUUUUAAAUAAGGCAAAGGAAUGCUGCUGCUGAAUUCUCUGUUGGUAGAGCUGGGGGGGGGUUGGACAAACAUUUUCAUGACCCCUACCUGUCCGUUGUGCACAUCAGGUGGGAAAGUGUUUCUUGCUUUUGUUUAUUUGUUACAAAACUAAAUAUAUAAAAUUCAUUGAAUGCG